CCGACACAGCCCACGACUGGACUCGCACAGGCUCACUUAUUUUGUUCUGGCAGCGCGUGAACGUGAAAACGUCAGUAGAAAGAGGAGGAGGAGCCCCAAAUCGUUUCUUAACACCGCCCGCGAGAUGUCACGGACCGGGUGCGGACCGCACAUCGACUGCAUGACAGCACGUCGGGGUGUCGAGGCGGAGCGGACCCACCGAGCGGGGGAGGCAAUUCCAGAAAAUAAGCGGGUUAAGCCUCAGUUAAGGUAGUUUCUGAGAACCUCUAAUAAAAAAAGGAAGAUUUGGCUGGUGAAUUCCUGGAAAUAUAGACCCGGACCACAAUGACAAAUGCAACAUUUGCAUGUUGGGGUUUAUUAUUCGAAGUUGACGCUCAGACUUUGGCUUCCACCAGCGUGUAGGAGGCUCGUGUGCCAUUAGGAGACCGCACACAUCUGACAGAUAACCAAUCAAAUCUGUUAUUCAAAUCGCUGCUCUGCUCUCAGUGACCUAUAUCACAUGCAUGCGCGUCAAAACCAAAACCCAGCAGCAACCGCUCCUCCAGACCAGACAGCAUGGGGACCAACGGGUUAGACAGUAAGGCGCAGCCGUCCAGCGAAGUGUCCCGGACGGAGCAGCCGGCUGCAAACCCCCAGAUGGAGCCCAGAGAUGCCUCCAUCGAAUUGGAGAGCAGCAAGGAUGGUCUGCCUGCGGGAGGCAAGGGUGAGCACAGCGCUCUGCGGCUCUCCCCGGCUCCGGAUGCAGAAGCUGGGAUGCAUGGUCACGGACCUGGCUUCGUCCCACCCGAAGGAGGCUGGGGCUGGCUUGUGGUUUUUGCUGCAACCUGGUGCAAUGGGUCCAUCUUCGGCAUCCAGAACUCUUUUGGUAUUUUGCACGUGAUGCUGGAGAAGGAGCAUGCAGACCAAGGCCAGUUUAAAGUUGCUUGGGUCGGUGCCCUGGCUAUGGGCAUGAUCUUCUUCUGCUCACCUGUGGUCAGCAUGUUCACGGACCACUUCGGCUGUAGGAAGACAGCUGUCAGCGGGGCAGCACUGGCUUUCAUAGGACUACUCAGUACGUCGUUUGCAAACUCUUUGAUGCUUCGAUACUUCACGUACGGCAUUUUGUUUGGCUGUGGCUCCUCCUUCGCUUUCCAGCCUUCGUUGGUCAUCCUUGGGCACUACUUCCGCCAUCGCCUGGGCCUGGCCAAUGGUGUGGUCACAGCUGGGGCCAGCCUCUUUUCCUCAGUCCUACCACUUUUUCUAGGGAAAAUGGAACCUCUGGGUCUCAGCAGAAUCUUCCAGAUUCUUAGCCUUUUCAUGCUGGUCCAAGCCCUGCUGGCAUUAACGUUCAAACCUUUGCUUCCCGCCGGAGGAAUGGGCCCGCCGGGCAUGGGGCCUGGACUUGCUGAACCUCAACCUCAGGCUACUACUCAGAGCAUGAGCAGGUGGAGCGAGGCCCUGGCCAGGAUCAGGAAGUACUUCAACUUACGUGUGUUUCACAUCGUGACGUACCGUGUGUGGGCGUUUGGAGUAGCAACAGCUGUGUUGGGAUACUUUGUGCCAUAUAUCCAUUUGAUGAAGUUUGUGAAGGAGAAGUUCAAAGCAACUGAUAAGGAAUGGGUCCUCCUGGUUUGUAUCGGAGCAUCAUCUGGGGUGGGACGCCUUACCUUUGGGAAAAUUGGUGACCUCAUUCCUGGUUUGAAGAAGAUCUACAUGCAGGUGGUGUCGUUUAUCGCGCUGGGCUUGAUGUCCAUAAUGAUUCCUCAGUGCUCAGUGUUUGAGGCUCUGGUGGCUGUGUGUGUGUUCUUGGGGCUCUGUGAUGGAUGCUUUCUCACCAUGAUGGCUCCCAUAGCUUUUGAGCUAGUUGGGCCCAUGCAGGCGUCACAGGCCAUUGGUUACCUCCUUGGUCUCAUGUCUCUCCCUAUGACAGCUGGUCCACCCAUUGCUGGAAUUCUCCACGAUCACUUUGGAGAUUAUACGGUAGCGUUCUCCCUGGCAGGGGUACCUCCUAUGGUUGGGGGUGUGGUGCUGUUUUUUGUUCCCUUGAUACACCGCAGGCUUCAGCGAGGCCACGCAUUGCCGGAGGAGACAUCCACCACUGCCCACAUGUUGCCCAGCACCCCACCAGCCGAGGAGCCGAGGAGCUGUUCCAACGGAGACAUCCUGCCUGGUUACACCGACGUAGAGACCCACAUCUGAGUCACAUCCUACCAAGGGAUUCAACCCACCAGCACUUUUCACAUCCGUAGAUCGCCUGCCUCUCUAACAGAAGUCUCAGCUAUGGGCUUCCUGUUACCUUAAAUCUGUCACCCUUCCAAAUCCCUGCUGGCUGUUUGCUUUUCCGUGCAAUGAGAAGGUGAGAAGGCAACUCUAACUAAAGAGGGUAAAAAGAAGGAGCUUCAGUGUUGGAUGAUGGAGGAGGAAAAGCACACCAUUCUCUCAUCUAGGAGCAUUUUAUCGCUGGGAGUCUGUGGAAACAGAAAAAAAAGACUGAAUGACGGCAUUAAUCUUUCUACCAGAGCGUUGAAUCUGCUUAGCUCUUUGAUUUUAAGUCAGCUCAAUGCUAAGAUGAAGAGGCAUAAAAAGUGAGAUGUAGUAAAGGGAAAAGUUCAAAUGUUCUUUUAUCUAGUACCUCAUACAUGUAGGUUUUUAUUACAUUAGCCUAUGUUACUUAAACAGUCUUUUCCUCUUACAAGCAGGAUUUAUGCACUCAGCUUUCUUCUAUUGCAUGUGCUUUCUGCUGACAGCUCCAACAAAAACACGGACAUCUCUUUGUAAACGCAUCUUCUUUUAAAUGUGUCCUCAAAUAGAUGAGUCGCCAGAUUCAAUCAGCUCAGCGGGAUUCAGAUCCUGAUUACAUUCCCAGUCAGGGUCAGAAACCUCAACAGGGGGACUUUUAUCUCUCUGCCUUCAAGGCAGACAGAUGUGUGAUUGUAGCAGCAGAUGAUUUUACAGCACGCUUCAUCUUUUUAUUGUGUUUUAGAAACUUUUUGGUCAAUUUUUUUGCUAUAUGUGAGUAUAAAGAUACAUUUCUGAUGGAUGAAUGAAUGAAUAGCUGACGCAAGAUCCUUCUCAUCAGUCUGAAAAAUGUUUUUAGUUUUCACAAUCAGCAAAAAGUUAUUUUUGCAUUUUAAAGUUACUGCAACAAAACAAACAAACAAAAAAAACCCAACAGAUUUCUACUAUGUUUGCUAAUUGUAGCUAAAAUAUUUGGAAUAGUUGUUAUAUUAAGCGUAAUCACUGUUAGUUUUUUAUCAAUUACAAAAAAGCCAAAUAUUUCUACUGUUUUAGUUUAAACUGUUCCUUCAUUCAAGUGCUUGUGUGUGUGUGUGUGUGUGUGUGUGUGUGUGUGUGUGUGUGUGUGUGUGUGUGUGUGUUUCUGCGAUUCGUUGACAGAGAUGAUUUAGCCACAAUAUAAAACCAUCACUAAGACAGCAAAUAUCAGAUUACAGAAGGAUCUUGAACAGAGUUACCUGUCAGUCCUUGAAACAGAGUUCUGCUUUGUCUGCCUUAUGGCAUGACUCCAGUAAGCCGUAGUGUGCGUGGGUCACAAGUAGGGGAGGAGCUUGUGAAAUAGUGACUGGGCUUAAAGCUUCACAGGAGGAGUAAAGUCUGGUCACGUGAAGAGCUACACGCUCACCUUACUCACUGCUGUAAGAUGUUGGAACAUCCAUAGCAGCUCUAUAAAAAGAAAAAAGCAUUUCUGUCCAGCAUGUUGUUAGUGAGCAGAUGAGACGAUCAAAUCUGGCACGGUCCGAGGGAGCAGUGCCACCUUGCAUUUGGCUGGUUCUGUGAUUGUUGUCGAGCUGACAUGGCAGCAGGUUAGGAAGAAGCCAGCUGAAGCCUGAUUUGAUCAUUUGCUGUGAUUCUGUGGUCCAAUUAUUUUGGUGUUCUUUACACUGAUGCUUCAGUGACGUGAGUCACGUGUGGUGACCUCUCACCACACAUAAAAAAGUUUAAGGACCUUUUGGUUUUUGUUCCGUCAUCUGAAUGUGAUCAAGUAAUUGAUUAGCUUGGACCCCCAUUUUGAAUUAGACAACACUAUAAAGAUAAAGCUGGGCACAAAACACCCAACCUGGUGGGUUUUAUUUGCAUGAGGGGAUGAUUGCAAUAUGAUGUAGGCAGUUUAAAAGCCUAGAUUGAUGAACCUAUGUACCCUGUUGACGUUACUGAGACUAGAUCUGCCAAACGGCCCUCAUCAGGCCCAUUCUUAGAUCAUCCAAUCAAUUAGCUGCUUUUUCCUUUAGCCUUGUCUGAGGGGACCAAUCUCUUCUCAGGCUGUAUGGAUACUAAACAUCAUAGCCUUGUUGAGAUUUCUUUGUAAUUUAUUUUUUAAAAUAAACAUUCGGACCACCUCUUUCUGCACCCUGAGGUUACAUGUUCUCCUGAACUUUGGAGAUCCUUUAUGUGAAGCAAAGCUGAACGAGUUGGAUUGUGUUUGACUGAACUGGAAGGCUCAAGAAGAAAAAGGGAAGGCCCUGGUGUCGUCAGGUUUUCCUUUUCUUCUCUGCUUUCGCCACCGUAAUUCAGACUGUUUCUGUUUUAUAGCAGCUCAGAGCCCAAGAGCUGCACAAACCUCACUGCUGACUGCAGCUGGGAGCUCUGCUAUGCAGAAAACACUUCUAACAUAUACCUCAGUAAUCGAAUACUCCUCAGCAGUCCAAUUCAGCACGCUCUUCUUUCUUGAUUCCUCAUCCUUUUUUUUAACUGUGACAUUUGACACAUACCUAGUGUCAGUCUGACUUGAUUCCUUUAAAAUCUCUUUAAACCGUAGGAAAUGUCUCACUACUUUAGUAUUCACAACUAUUUGGAUAUUUUGUUUAGUUUGUCCACCCUUUAAUGUGUUUAUUUCUCAUCUUGUACCCUGAAUGGUCAGAAUUUUUGCCAUUUGUUCUAAAGAAAGUCUUUCCAUGUUUGCACGGUGAGAAAAGCCGAAAUCUUAGUGGAAACAGGAGAUUGUAAACAGUGGAUCUGCAUGUGAAAAGUCUAAACCAUAGGCCUCUAGUUUGACUAAGGGUUUGGUAGCUUUUCCUGCCAGUGCAACGCGUGUUUGCACCUUUUGCUAAUAAAAUAUGAGUUUUUGUUUUGCCCGUCUACCAGCCGUAUAAGCUAUGCAAUUCAUACCGAGUUUAAAUCCCAAACUGGAACAUUUGUUCCAAAUUUUAUAACAGUUGCUUAGAUAAACCUGCAGAAAUUCCAAUAAUUAGCAUCAGUUUAAAAUAAAAAAAAAAGAUGUUUUUAAUUACUCCUUUUAGGCGAAACAAACAGCAUACGUCCAUGUGUAAAUAGAUUUAUAGGGGCUGAAUAAAGAAGCAUUAUAUUGUCCUUUUGAGCGGCACUAAGUAAAAAAAAAUCUGUUACAAUGAAAAUGUCGCACUGGUUUAUGACUUCAAUCAAGCUAGAGGCCUAUGUCAGUGAACUCAUGGGGUUUAUGAGUUUUAAAGAAACUGUUGAAGAGCCUCUAGGAGAAGUUGUGUGUUUGGGUAACGCCAGCGAUGGACCUGUCUGCACAAAGUUAGAUGUACAGAUUCAAGUAUGAGUAUGCAGUAAUACGACUGCAGCCCUUUUCAUGUUCCUUUGUUGGUCAGCAGCUCACAGCACUGUACAGACAUCAGAGCUGCCUUACAUUAACUCACCAGUAGCAGGAGAUUCAUCUGAGCAGUGGAAAGACAUUUGUUUCCAGAUGGAUUUUUUUUAUAGCUCAUCCUUUUGUUUAAUGGCAGUAUUAACAUUAUCUUCCCCUCAGUUUUUGCCUGGUGCUCGCUGUUAUUAGCUACUGUAGAUUUCAAAAUAGAAAAACAGCAGUUUUGGUAUAAUUUACAGUUUUUUUUAAAUUAUAAAUCAUUUGUUGUUUUUUUAUUUGUUGGUGUUUUUAGAAAAACUACUGGCAUGAGAGCCGUUUUAAAUGAAAGGUCGUGCUUAUUGGUGAAGGAAUGAAAUGAAGAAUGACAGAAUGCAUGUGGGUGGUUGUAGGGUGUUUGUGUAAUCAGUGUUUGGGCUCGCCAAGGUUCUUUUUUUUACAUCUAUGGAGCAUUUCUGUGCUCUCCUUCCUGUGACUGCUGAAGUCUGAACUUGUCAGACUCUAGAUGAUAAAUGCUCACUUUCAGUUUGCAUCUGUCUUCUGCAGCAGACAGAGCUGUUACCAGGAGCAGCUAUAGACUCUUUAGAUCCUACCUAAAUGUGCUACUAACACUACCACUGCUACUUUUAAGACUUUUUAUAGUCACAAGGUUUUAUUUUCUUCAUAAAUGUUGAAUUUCUAGUCAUUUCUUUCCUGAUUUUUCUCUCUUCUGCUGCUUGAGACACGUGACACAAACAGUAUGCAGGUCAAAGCCUCAGCGGGGCACAUGGGAGGUGUAUUUCAAACGCUUUCUGACAUGUGACUAAACAAAAUCAGCCUGGAGUGCAAUCCUCAGCUGUAACAGUAUUUUUGAAGUCCACACAGAACAGGCCGGUAAAACAAUUAAGUGUUGAAACUGCAUGCUCUUUCUUAACAGAAUGGUCGUUUCUGCUGAUUAUAAAACCCCUCAAAUAUAUUUUUAGCACCUGUGCCAUUCCUUUGUGCUCCUCUGACCUUUGUCUGCUUAUUAACUGCUGUGCUUUUUCACAAACUGUAUGUGAAACCUGAUAGCUGAAGGGUCUGAUUGUUAGAAAUCUGAGCCAUUAAUCUCAAGACCUCAUAGAUUAGGAGACUUUCAGCAAAAAUACGUUGUAGUGCUUUUGCCAAGGCAGAUAUCAUUUAUCAUUGUGAAGGACGGAUUUGUAACUUGGUUUCUACUUUAGAAAAGUAGCUUUCAUGUAUAUUUUAAUGUCAUUUUUACAGGUGUUGUUGUUUAAAUGCUGGUCGUAUAUUCAUGGUCCUACAACAACAUUCAGCCCAGGCCUUUCUGAAGCCUUACAUGGUGAAAUAUGCACAUAAUUUCUGUACAGCAAUUCUUAGCUUUCCUUUUCUAAUCUCCUUCAAGUUGCUGCAACUAAAUCUCCUCCGCCUCUCUGAUCGUCCUAAAUCUGCAGGCUUUUUGUCUUACUCAAGCUCUAACUGCUGGUUUAUUCAGUGCACAGCGUGUUCUAACAAGACCAGUGCCAUCACUAGUUCCGAAAUGAAAUCGUGCUGCUAGAGAAAAGUUUAUAAUAUUUUUUGUUUGCUAUAAUUUUAAACUUUGUGUCAAAAAAAUGUAAAAUCUUUUCUAAUAAACCUGCAAUAAAGCUGUUGCCAUUCA